AUGGUGGGUGGCAGCAAAGGGCGUGCUAUGCAACAAGCCAGGGAUAUGGAGGCACUGGUUGCCGAGAGAGCAAAGCGCGGUGGAGAAGAGCCACCACCCUAUGACUUUUACGAGCUCAUUGGCAAGGGUGCUUAUGGUCGUGUGUACAAGGGAAAGAGUCGCAUCACCGGCGCCCUUGUUGCGAUCAAGAUUAUUGAAAUUGACAAGGUUGAUUAUGAGGAAAUGACGCACAAGAAUCUCCAGGAUACCCUAAAGGAAAUCGACAUCCUGCAACAGCUCAGAGACAGUAAAGCAAGGCCCUAUGUCAACAUUAUCGAGGAGGCGAGACCUGUCCACAACGAGCUAUGGAUUAUCAGCGAAUACGCCAGUGGUGGUAGCGUUAAUACAUUGAUGAAGCCCACUGCCACGAGCAAAGAUCCUGGUCCUGGACUGGCCGAGAAAUUUAUUAUACCCAUUGCUCGAGAGUUGGCCCAAGGUCUCAAAUAUAUCCAUGAGGCAGGUGUUUUGCAUCGAGAUCUGAAGUCCAACAACGUUCUCAUUCUUGAAGAUGGCCGAGUGCAGUUGUGCGAUUUUGGCGUUUCCAAUACACUGGAGCCUGAGAGAUCAAAGCGCUCCACCAUUGUUGGUACACCUUUCUGGAUGGCUCCCGAACUUCAGAAAGAGUGGGUCAAGGAUGCUGAUCCACACAGCUUGCUUAAGCCAAAGGAGAUUUCAUACGGUACCGAAGUGGACAUUUGGGCGUACGGUUGUACUGUGUUCGAGAUGGCUUGCGGCUUCCCACCUCACCACAAAAUUGGGCACUUCGAUCUGCCGACGGCUGGUGUUCCUAUGCUCGAAGGAGACCGCUUCUCUCAAGAGUUGAAAGACUUUCUUGCUUUCGUCUUUCAACCCGAGCCGCGAGAUCGCCCGACACCGGAUCAAAUUCUAGAGCAUCCCUACCUGGCCGAUACCACCAAGAUGUAUCCAACUGUGUCACUAGUUAAACUAGUUGAAGAAUACUACGUCUGGGAACAGCAGGGUGGUACUCGACAGUCGCUGUUCAAUCCAUAUGGUGCGCAGGCACCCGAUCCCCUCGCCCCAGAAGCCGAGGACGACGACGAUGAUGACUGGUCUUUCAGUACGUCAGAAGAGUUUGAACAAGAGCAUGCCACGCAAUUCAGUGAUCCUUUCGCUGGCGGAACAGCACAGCCCUUGGGAAUGAGUAUACCACCCUUGGCGGAUAUGGACCGUUUCGAGCAACUACAGGCUAGAUUCAAGGAAGAAUCCAUUGUUAGAGGUCAGAAACGCCUGAACAAGCUCUUUGACACGAACACGACGCCCUACCGGUACAGUGCAAUCGAUGGGCCUGAUCCUUCAAAUGGCCGGCCACCCUCGGACCUGGUUUUGCGAGAUUUCAACCCUGGAGCGCCCAAUCGCGAGACGGUCAUCGACCUGGACUUUUCAAUGCCAUCAGCAGACGAAGUGCCGAGUAUUGAUUUGGGCGAGGUGCCAACCAUUCGAGCAAAUCGCAUGAAGAGCCUUUUAAGGGAAUUGGAAGAAGAGGAACGCCGAGAUGCUUUCAAUGAAGAAGAUGAAAUGACUAAACGAGCAACAAAGGACUGGACAUUUCCUAGUAUGAACGACGACCCUAACCGAAAGACGAUGGAGUGGUCGUUUCCGUCCCAGCCACCGAACCGAAAGACGAUGGAGUGGUCAUUUCCUGAGCAACCCCCCAAUCGCAAGACGAUGGAAUGGUCUUUUCCAGCUCAGCCCCAGAAGCCGAACCGACGUACAGUGGAGUGGACGUUUGAUGCUGCGAUGGCGGAAGCCAACAAUGAAGCUCCCAGGAACCGUGCAUCAAACCGCAUAUCGCGUCGGCGCGAAACGAAGGAGUGGACCUUCCCUCGACAGAUGGACGAAAAUCGCAGAACUCAAGACUUUUCGUUUCCCAUGAGUAGCCCCCAAGAGUCACAGCACAACAGACCUUCGUCGCCAAAUUUGAAUUCCAACUUCCGCCCAAGUCUACGAAACACCCAAGGCAACUCACUGGCGCCUAUCGAUGACUAUCCCGAGAUGAUUAGCUCCGCUCCUGGAUCGCCACUUCGUUCAUCCAUGAUCGAUUUAGACAUGGCUAUGGUGCAGGAUUAUCGUCCAUCUACGUCGGGAUCUGAGACGAACACGGCAGGAGCAGAGCGCAUGAACGAGAAUCCUUUCAACCUUGAAGACCAGGUGCAGCUCUCGCAGAACAAUCACCGCGCGUCGUUCCACAUGAAGUCGCAAUCUGAGCCCAAUCAUGCAGUACCAGGCUUGUUGACACCCCAGCAGUACGACGAGCAGGGACACCCUACGAAUCAAGACCCGCAUCACCCAAGUCUGCACUUGCGUGGUGUAAGCUCAGCAAGUCAGGUGCAAGGCCAGUCCAAACCAGGCCAAUACCACCGCAGUAACCAGAGGUCCCAGCAGAUUUGGGAUGGCUGGUCGCACAAUAUGGCGUACGGUGUCAGCAGCGACGACCAGUCUCCACCUAUGAGCGUGACGACGGAUACAUCACUCGAAGAAGAAGACGUGGACGAGCUCUGGGAGGCAUUUGAGCGACUAAAUCUCGCACCACCACCACGAGGCUAUCCCAAUGGUCCGCUGCGUCCGCCUCGCCGAAACGACUCGGCGUCGACAUCCCUGACAUCGGCUACCUACGCACUCGACUCGGACACAGACGAGACGUAUAACCCGUACUCUUCUUCAUCUGAGUUUGACCAUGACGCUCAGGCCCAGCAGCAGCAGCAGAGCGCGUACCGCAAGAGCACAACUGUCAGCGUAGGCCCCAACGGCAAGCCUCUGGUUGAUUUCCCCGUUCCCCGUGGCCCAGACGUCGAGGCGUUAUUGGGCGUAGGCAUGGAUCCGCGCAUCAUGCAGGACAUGCUGCUCAAGAGCGCGAUUGAGCUGCGCGAUGGAACCAGGGCGGGCAGGGACUUGCUUCGUGCUAUGCGCUUGCAGGAUGUAGGUGGCGAAGGCGAGGCGGCGGAUGAGGACGAUGAGACGAGGAAUAACACUGUGAGGUUGAGCCGCCAGUGAUUGAUUGAUUGGUUGGUUGAAUUAAUGUGGGGCUGGACUGGCUUUGUAUGAUUACAACCAGGUUUGGCGUUUUUUUUUUGAAAAGAAAACCCUCGUGGCACGGGAAUCAAUGGGAGGCUGAGCAUAGUAUGGCGAAGUCUUUUAGCAAGAUGGACCGAGUCAAAUCAUUGAUUAAAGGGCUCGCAGUUCUUGUUUGUUUGUUUGUUUAUUUACUUGUUUGUUUGUUUGUGCGUUCGUUCGUUCGGUAUCCCUUCUCGGUUUUAUUCAUCAUGUUCUAUAUCGACAAAGAUUCUCUCUCAUGAUGCGAACUAUUAGAAGCCACAUAUGUAUAUAUAGGUAUCAACCCC